AUGAAAUUCUCCAUUUUCACCGUGACCGCUGCCCCGUUGGUGCCAAGGCGGAACACUCAAAAUAACUUUCAGGAAACUAGACAAACGAAAGGAAGGUCUCUUCAAGGGGGUGGCGGAACGUGGAAUUUGGAUAUACAGUCGCAAAAGAAAUUAAGGUCCAAGUCUUCAACCCCCCCCUCCCUUUACCCCUCAAAUCCGAAGGAACCAUCGGCUAUUGGCAGCCGUCACCUCCGAACGUCCUUCACCAAUGACAGCGACGACUUUCCGUGCCAGUUCUCCACGUUCAUCGAACUCGUCGACUGGCCUGGCGCCAUGCCAACCACCUAUGCGCCCGACAUCGACUCCAUCGCCUUCAGGGUGUCAUGCCCAGGAAACAUCUGUAAACGCCAUGCACGUCCUGACGUGCGGAAGGCCGAGCAGCAGUGCACGCGGCUCAUCAAGACUCUCACGUACGCUGGCCUCAAGGCUGUUGGCCGACGAGGAGAAGCGCUUGGUCAUCUCCUCAUCUUUAGAUACCCGUACAAGGCAAAGGUUAUGGGUUCGAUCCCCAUCGUCGGUUAUAUAAAACGCUUGGGCCAUGAUUCUUUUGUUCGGUUCGCACAUUCUGGAAAACCCCCAGGUCUCUUCGAUGCAUGA